AACUCCGAAAGUCGCGCAGCAAGUCGAAGUGUCAAGAAACGCACACCUGUUGAGUAACAGGGGAACAGUUUACUUUUUCCACAAUUCAUCCUUUUUGGUCUGUGUCUGACUAUUCAGUAUGACGGACACCAUAUUGCCAAACGGAUGCAAGGAAACCCCAGUUGUUGAAAAUGGCUAUUUUAAAAAGGGCUGUAAUCCCUUCGCCCAGACCGGUCGGAGCAAGCUGCAGAACCAGCGGGCCGAGCUCAACCAGCAGAUCAUCAAGCAGAUGAGGAUGAGAGCAGGGGCGGAGAACAUGCUCCGGGCAAGCUCCAACAACAAAGUGCGUGAGAUGGUGCUGCUGGAGCUGAGCUACGUGAACUCCAACCUGCAGCUGCUCACGGAACAACUGGAGGGGCUCAACAGCUCUGUGGAGGUCUACCAGAAUCCUCAAGAGAUGUCAAAUAUCCCCCUGAUUCCCUUGGGGCUGAAAGAGACCAAAGAUGUGGACUUCUCCGUUCCUUUCAAGGACUUCAUCCUAGAGCAUUACAGUGAAGACGGCACCAACUUCGAAGAAGAGAUCGCUGAUCUUAUGGACCUUCGACAGGCCUGCCGCACUCCCAACCGAAGUGAGGCUGGAAUUGAGCUGCUGUCCAGCUACUUUAGCCACCUGUCCCUGCUGGAGAACCGGUUCUUCUCCCCCACCCGCCAGAUGGGAAUCUUCUUCACCUGGUAUGACUCUUUCACCGGUGUCCCAGUGUGCCAGCAGAACAUCUCGCUGGAGAGGGCCAGCAUGCUUUUCAACAUGGCCGCCCUGUACUCUCAGAUCGCAACCCGCUGCAACCGACAGACACGUACCGGGCUCGUGGAUGCUAUUAACGCCUUCCAGAAAGCAGCAGGGGUCCUGAACCACCUGAAGGAGACGUUCACCCACACUCCCAGCUACGACAUGAGCCCAGCCAUGCUCAGCAUGCUCAUUAAGAUGCUGCUGGCUCAGUCCCAGGAGUGCCUGUUUGAGAAGACUGCCCUGCCUGGUAUCCGGAACGAGUUCCUCUCUCUCCUCAAAAUGGCCCAGGAGGCCGCCAAGGUUGGGGACACCUACGAUCUCCUCCAUCAGUCUAUGAUCCAGACCCCGAUCAAAGACAACGUCCCCUUCUUCUGGUCUACCAUGGCACAGGUGAAGACCAACCAUUACCGCUCCCUUGCCCAUUACUUUGUGGCUACAGCGCUCCUGGACCAUGAGUUGACCCACAGAGACGAUGAGGACGAGCAGGAGAAGGCUCUGUCCCGGCUGUACGACGCCAUGCCCGAGGGCUACUCGCCUCUCGACAUCCUCAGGAAGAAAGAGGAGCGGCUCCGCAUCGGGAAGGCUCACCUGCGGAAGGCCAUUCUGGGCCACGAGGAGGCCCUGCGCAUCCACGGCCUGUGCCGCCACCUCCGCAAGCUGGACGUGCUGAAAGACAUUCUGCAGGCCAGCCACAAGCGCUCGCUCGGCAAGCUGUCCGACAACGAGACCGAGGACGAGUUCAUCGACUACCUGGAGGCCCCGGACAUCAUCUCUAAAACGGAACACAAGGCUGAAAUGGAAAUGCCCGUAUCGACCAAGGUGAAAGUCAAAGACUUUUUCCACAAGCUGGGCCCUCUCUCUGUGUUCUCAGCCAAGCAGAGGUGGACUGCUCCCCGCACGGUGUGCGUGCGAUCGGAGGACCGCGACCUGGGCUUCACGCUGAAGGGAGACGCCCCCGUGCAGGUCCAGUCCCUGGAUCCGCUCUGCUCUGCAGCGGUGGAUGGGCUAAAGGAGGGAGACUACAUCGUAGCUGUGGGGGACACAGACUGCAAGUGGAUGGGCCUGAGCGACGUGAUGAAGCUCCUGAAGGAUGUGGACGAGGAUGGGGCGGACAUUCGAGUGGUCAGCAUGAUGGACAGCAGCCUGCCGUUGCCCACCAAGAGCGCCACCUACUGCGGCUUGCCCAAAACAUACUCCAUGAUCUGCCUGGACUUUGAGGAAGAUGAGAAGGGCAUAAAGACCAGGAAGGUCUCCAAGAAGUUGUCUUUCCUCAACUGGGGCCUGAAGAACAAGCACAAGAGCGCCAGCACUCUGAGUCUGCCCACUACGGACUUCUCCGGAACCUUGCCCUGGAACAAACAGUGUCCCACCUUCCCAAGCUCCACCAAUGACAGCGCACUUUACUAGGGCCCGCCCUCUUAGAUGGUGCAUUGCAUAGACACAAAUUCCUCUGCAGCCACCUCUGAUGUAUCUUAAGCUUAUGUAUUUUAAGAAAAAAAAUGUUUUCACUACCAAUUGUUUUCUCCCUGUCAUUACCGUUGACACAUGCUGCUUUUCAAUAAGACAUUGGUAGAAGGGGAGGCUUAUGUUUUGCACAGUAGGAGAGCUUGGUACAGGUCUUUUUUAACACAGCUCUGUUACAGAAGAUUUUGGUCAGUGAAGUCCUACUGGUAUAUUACAAUCUACUUUAUUGAGGGGUGGUACCAAUACAGUCACUAAAAUGGUGGCGGUACCCUAACUGGAAAAAAAUAUUUAUAUUGUGUUAUUGUUUUGGCAAUAUAUGUAUAGGGGCAGGUGAAGGAAAUAAUUGUUGUUGGAAUAAUAUGUUGUAAGCUGACUAGACAAGUGCAACACCCCAUAGGCUGCUGAACUUAUUGUAUUUUUUGUGUAUGCUGUAUUAAUGAAGUACAGUAUGCAAGUAUAUGAAGGAAUAUUGCCUGCACUGGGGAAAUUGAGAACAUUUUGUGUAAGAUCCUGCAUUUUUGCAGGAAAAGGUUCAAUGUAUAGAAUAAGUGCAGAUAUAAUGCGUGUUUCUAUGUCACGUUGCUUAAACCACCAAAACUGACACAGGAAUAAGUUUAACGAUUAUGGUCACAUUGCUGUCAUGAAAGAUAUUGUGCAUACAGAAGGUUUUUGACUAUUUAAAGGACUCUGCCAACAGUACCGGGUGUAUGAUGACACUUGGAAGAAUCUUGUAACCUGAGUUGAUGUCUGAGCUUGCAAGAUGGUUGUGCACAAUCAGAUGAUUGUUUUCUCCUGUGAAAAGAUUUGUACCUUUGCUAACACUGUCUGAAGUGUUAGAGUAUUUCUUUGUCUACAAGGUAGAUUAUUAUAAACAUUUGAUAAUCAAAUUAUUUAUGCAAAAAGUCUUAAAAACAGAACUAUAAAUGUACUCACAGCUUUUAAUGUAGUUUAAUAAGAUAUCUUUAAGUAUUUCAUGUCUGUACAUUUGUAGUGGUUCUCUGUGGUAUACUAUUGAAACUGUUGAUUUUUUUCUUACAUGUCCAAAAUACUGUCCACUGUUUUAUCAGGUACAUACAUUCAUCAUAUUGUCUUAAUGACCCAAUAAAAGUUACUUUCCCUGUAUGUUGGUUAAGCCUUUUAAUCUCCUAUUUUACUACUGUUUUCUAGUAUAAUGGGACAUUUGUAAAAAAACAAAAAAAACAAGAAAAACUGUUGAUGCUUGUCUCUGGAACUGAAGUUAUUGAUUUCUUAAACUGUACAUUGUUUUACUGUUUUAUUUCAUUAUUGUCUACUUCACCUCUGGAAAGCAGAAAAUAUUUGUAAACUGAUAUAGUUGACUUAUUUGCUGUUCUUAAUGUAACGAGUAUACCAAAUAAACAUUCCAGUAUAUAUAUAUAUUUGAAAAAUAAAAUGUUUUACCACUAGAGCUGUACCAAUGUAUGUGUGCUACUUGCUGAUGAAUCUUGUCAAGGUGCCAUUGUUGAAUGAAAUAUUUUUUGUCAAUAUUUUUUUGUCAUGGCAAAUUGUCCAAUUUGUCAACAUAGGAUCAAAUCAUUGUAUAAAGUAUUACUACUUCUGUUUUUGAAUAUGGAAACUCUAUGGUUGUCACAUUACUUCUAUGUGCUCAGAAAAAUAAUAGUUGGUCUAGGGUGUUUUUCUUCACUUCUGCUUAGCAAUUAGCAAAAUCAGGCAGUUUAUUACUGCAUCACAGCAUGAAGCAAUGCAAAUCCCAUUAUAAUGAUUUUGUGUCUUUAAUUCAACUGUAACCACAUACAUAAAUUUCAAUAAAAAUUUUAAAUGUCA